CAGUGGGAUGGUCCGGAAACCCCGUGAUAAAAAAGGGAGUCGUUAAAGUAGAGAAGGUUCGGCUUGUCUGUCUUUCCCCCUCCCUCUGUCGCUGGCUCACUGUUGUGCCCCGGACGUGGUCCUGAGGCUGAGAAGUUCUUGCGCCUUGAGCGACUGGCCACCCCUUUUGGCAACGGCGUUUUCGCUCCUGAGAGGCACACAUGGACCCGGCGAGUAGCAGGAGCUUGAUCUGCUAGGAAAACCGGGGAGAGUGAGAGAGAGAGGAGGGGGAGAGAGGAAAAGGACAUCCCCUUCACAACUCAGAGGAGACAGAACUGCCGGAACCCAAACGUUUGGCACGAAAAGAGAAAAAAAAGAAGCUGCAGGCAGCUGCUCAAGAACUUGUCUGCGUCUGACUUGUAUGUGAGAACUGAUCUGGUGGAAAGGAAUCUAAAGCCAUCAACAUGGAGUUUGUAAUGAAACAAGCUUUAGGAGGGGCUACCAAAGACAUGGGGAAGAUGCUGGGUGGAGAAGAAGAGAAAGACCCAGAUGCCGCCAAGAAGGAAGAAGAACGGCAGGAGGCCCUUAGGCAGCAAGAGGAAGAAAGGAAAGCAAAAUACGCCAAAAUGGAGGCUGAACGGGAAAACGUGAGGCAAGGGAUUCGGGACAAGUAUGGAAUCAAGAAGAAGGAAGAAAGGGAAGCAGAGGCCCAAGCAGCUCUGGAAGCCAAUGCUGAAGGAAGCCUGACACGUCCAAAGAAGGCCAUCCCUCCUGGCUGUGGCGACGAGGAGGAGGAGGAAGAAGAAAGCAUUCUAGACACCGUUAUCAAAUACCUGCCUGGCCCCCUGCAAGACAUGUUUAAGAAGUAACGUAGCUACAGACUGUCAGCCUGUCCAUGGACAGUUCAGCGGUGGAUUUCUCCUUAAUAAAACGGGGAAUGUCUACUCGCCACCCAUCAUGCAACCUCUGACCCUGCCCCCUGCCACUCCAACUCCAGUCAUUCAUUCCAAUCCACCCCUGACCCCACCGAUUCCCCUCCAUUCCUUAUUUUGUACAUACUCACCUUUAGUAGAUGCCUCCAAAUGGAUGUAAAGAUUAACAAGCUGCAGUCUACACAACUUUUUAUUAUUAUGAAGCCAUAGUACUAUGUGUGUUUAAUAAAGGAAGGUGUACAUUGAUCAGAGGGAAGGGACAGAUAGCACGCUUGCUUUCAUCUCCUUGCUGACUGCCACCAGCAGUCAGCGGGAGGGUUCCUGUUGGCUUAUUUUGGGUUUUUUUCUAAUCCAUUUGGUAACCAUGGGUUAGGCUACCCCAACAAUCAACAGCAUUAGAAUUUCGCUCCUAGAGGGCUGAGCUGAAAAUACUCACUGUUUUAAGGAACAUUUCUGGCAAUGUCAAAAAAAAAAAACCCCAACCCUGACCCUUCUCUUUCAAGGAGGUUUUGGCAUUGCCUAUGAAAAUGUUGCCUGUCAUUUAACAUUGGCCUCUUGUAUUCCCCCUCUCCACUGAUUUUAUUUGCCCUUCAGUGGUGUUAUCACAGAGCCCAAUCCACAAAAGCAAUGAUGCCACUCUAUUCAUGCCGUGAUUCCUGAUUGGUUGGGACCAUUCAUAUGAUUAAUCCAGAAAGGAUGCACUCAUUUGCAAUUGGCUUUGCUCCAAGCAGUGAUAUCAUAUUGUCAAAUCUGAUUGGGUGCCUCACAUCAUUCCAUUCACUGUGUGGUCUCUGAGAAGCUGAAGUUACCCAUGUGACUAAUCCAGCAGGAGAGAUAAAUGGUGCAGAAGCCUGGGAAACCACAGCAUUGAACAUGUCACAAAAAAAGAGAAAAUUCCCAUGCUCAGAGCAUUGAGUUCCCAAAAUUAUUAUCUGCGCAAUCCAAAAAAACAAACUUGAGAAUAUUCAGCACAGCCCUACUAUUCUAGACCAGGGAUAUGUCCAACGUAUGUGGGAAGAGAUCUUUGUUUUUUAUUAUUUGUCAUAAUUGAAAAGAGAUCAUUUGGAAGCCAGAACCAUGUGCUCCUCAACUAUCCAACCCAGUAUGGGAGAACUGUGCCCAUUUGUACUUUCUCGGACACUCCUAAAGUAGAUCUUCUAGCUUUGAGAAUAGCCAUAACAAGGAGGCAGCAAGAAAAGCAUUGGCGUUAUCUAAAAUACUGUCUUCCCUUCUGCCAGCACCUUCCUUGAAUCCUGACUCUACUAGUGCAGAGAUAGUUAGAUAGUCUGCAAUAUCGAAACAACUUUGUUGAAAUCCUCAACAUUUCUUUUCACACACACACACACACACACACACACACACACACACACACACACACACACACACACACACACACACACACACACACACAUGGCCUAGCCAUUAACUGAAAUAGGCGGGCUCCCUUGAAGAUACUCCCAGCUUUUUUCCCAGAAAGUUCUGUGUUUGCUUUAUAAAGAAAGUCAGCUUCUAGCAGGCAUUUGGCACUUUAAGCAAGAUUAACUAAACAUCUUAUCCUUUUAAUGCAUUAAUUUAGUAUAGAUGGAUAAAUAAAAUAAAUAAUGGUCAACAAAACGUAGUGAGAUAUAUAUUUUUCAAAAGCAAUGAGUAAAUGGCUUUGGGGAAACUCAUUAGAUUAUUUUUGUAAAGAGGGUAACGAGACUGGGAAGUGUCAUAAAUGAACAAAAAAAAUUAGAUACUUUUGCCCGGCAUCUCAUUCAACAGGUCCGCAGCAAGCAGCCAGGUUUCAUUUUGCCAUGCUAGCAACACACAAUUAGUCAGUCUUUAUUACAGUCAUAGACCAGCAUAAGGUAGGUCAAAUAUAAUCAAUUAAAAGAUAAGAUAUAUUAAAACAAAUACAUACUAAAACUUAUCUGAUGGAAAGUAAAAAAUGGGAAUCCAAGAAAAGUAUAGGAACAUAAAUGAAAUGGGGGGAUAAGGACAUAAAUAUUAUAAAGAAACAAAAAACUUAAAAACUAAAAUUUGUAUGUAUAUUUUUUUACAACACUGACACUGGAGAAACACAUUCUAUUGUUUCUAUGAGUCCAGAUUCACAGGGACAUUGCCUCUCUCGCUAAGGGGAGACAAUGUUUUGUUUCUCCACUAUUGGCUUUCGAGGACAACUGAGGAAAGAGCACAGCAUUGUGGCACAACAACAGCUCUGCAAAGUUUAGUACUUUAAGGUUAGUUAAAUAUAGGAUAGAAGAGAUAGAGUAUCUAUUGGAUUCACUAGCAAUAAAAGUUGGACCUGGCUAGAUGUGAUUGGUGCUGACUGUCUGCCACAUGCUGUUUAGUGAUUUCUUUGGCCUGCUCAGAACCCAUGCUGAGUAAAAGUUGUGGAGAGAAACCCAGAGGUGAAAUUUUAGAUACCACUGCAUGUUUCCAUGUUGAUUGAAAGUCAUCACUCCUACAACUCAAUCGAGAUGAGGCAAUGAAUGGGUCGAGGGAUUGGCGCAUCUGCCCCCUCCACCGGUGGAAGGGGGGCGCCCUUGCCAGCAGAAAAGGCAAAGGCACCCACAACCAGUCACCCCUCCACUCCAUGGCAGCAAAAUCCAAAAGUCAGAGUCAUCGUGGAGCAACGCUGGUAUCCAAUCAGAUACUGGUGCAGGGGAGGGCAGGCCACACUGUUCCUGGGGGUGAGGCCAAAUUUAGUUGGCUUUCAUGCCAGGAAUUCCGUGACCCAGGGCUUGGAAUUAUACUACCCAAAGGGUGGCAUAACUCCAUUAAGUCCUAUGGAAAGCUUUCAGGUGGCCAGGGAGGGGGGGCUCCUGCCCUCCACACUACCUGACCAUUGAUGCUCCAUGAAUAGUACUUGGGCAUUUUGGCAGAUGCCAUGAUUUUGGUUUUCUAAUAAUUAAGUCCUAAUUUGUCCAUCUUACAACACAAAAGGCGUUCUUGAAAGAAUUACUGCCUCAUCUGCAUGGAGUAGAACUGAAAUGUGUCUUCCAACAAGUUUUUUUUUUGGGGGGGGGGUGAAAGUUCAUGUUAUAAAAAUGGCCCACCAUCUCAUUAAUACAGAAGUUAAAAGUGUGGCUGGUAUGCAUUCUGUUUAACUCCUUUCUCAGUUUCAAUAGCACUAUUUUUAUAGAAAGAUAACUCUGAGGCUUGCAUCAUACUUUGAUUGAGGUCUCUUCAAGCAACAUAUGUAUUAAGUAAAGUAGAUGUCAGUCAAAUGAGGAGGCCUCCAGUUUUUUUCCACAGUUUAGCUCUAUAUAUAAAAUCAAAGGCUUCUUUAAAGUCUAUAAGUAGCAUAAAGGAAGACUGUAUUGUUACUGGAGUAUUUUUCAAUGAAAUGAUGGAGUACUCAGUGGAUUGGCCUUCCCUAAAACUAGCUUGCUUUUCCACAAAUAUGUUUUCUUGUUUCAGCCAAUCCUGGACUUUCCAUUGUAAAUGUCUUGCACAGAGUUUACUGAUGGUGUUGAGAAGGCCAAUUGGUCUGUAACUAGCAGAGUCUCCCUUUUUUGCUUUUUAUACAUUGGGACAAUUAUUGAGAGCCCCCAAUCAUCAGGAAUGCAACCAUGGAUAUCAAUACACAUAAAUGAGUGAGGCCAGAAUGGGGCCCCAGAAUUCCAAGUUCUUUUUAACGGCCUAUGAAAGAUUUAGAUCUUACCCUGGGGCUUUCCCCACUCUUCACUAGAUUAUAAGAUUGGGGGAACACAAUCAAGAGGUCACCACAGCUAGGGAUGGUACUGGCCUGUGACGUUCCCAGCUCUGAAGGCCAUGUGGAAGCCAACUACAGUAGGCUGUACAGCUGGGAAGAUCUCUGGCCUGCCCCCACUGUGCCGAGGGAGCUAGCUGUGGCUCAGGAGUGUCCCAGAGCACUGCAGUAUCUGCCACCAGCAUUUUUGCUCCUCCACCAGUAUAAAUGCCCUAGAGAGGGCCCACGCCACAUCCAGAAGUCGAUUCCCUAUUACCCUGGAUUGGGCCAUUAAUUCCUGUCCCUAUCACAGGUGCUCACAUAGAUAAGCUUUCUAAAUAAUGUCUAGAUCAUCCACUUUCAUCAGAGAUGUCCACAUAGUUUUCUAAAAGUAUGUUUCCCAGAUCCCGGGAGGGUUAUGGCAAUCCAUCAUAGAUGGAGCAUUGCUUUGGGAGCAUGAUAUGGUAUGCCAAAAUAAAGCUGAGUCACUGGGGAUGACUGUUUGAAUGAGUUGUGACCAAUUGUUUUUCAUGGCUUCCUUUUCCUUCCAUGCUAGCAGUGUGUUUUUAAAGUCUUUUUUUGCUGGAGGAGAUCCAGUGCAGCUGGUGCUACAGUGUGGAAUACAUAAUCCUGAUAAAUGGCAGCAAAAGCUUUCUUGGCAUUAACAUAGUCCUUAUCAAGUCAUAGCCUGGAAUAGUGCUGUUGCUGUCUCAAAGAUGCUUUGAGUUAAAUAUAGUUAUAAUUCUUGGGUCAGGACAUUAUAAUUCUCUAAGAAUUCAUCAGAGGUUCAACUGAUAUCAGAGCAGAUUGGAGUAACUGUAGAUGACCUGAGUCUAAUAACUCAGUUAUUUAGAUUUGGCUUGGUGAUAAGUUCUUCCCAAUGGUGUUAGUGAAGAUUGAUACCAAUCCUCAAUAUGUGUCUUUCGAAUAAAGGCAUUUAACUGGAACAAGAUUGGAGAGUAGUCACUAUUGAACCUAGGUAUAACCUUUAAGAUCUUAACAUGAGGUCCCCAGAGACAAUGGUAUAGUCAACAGCACUCAUUCUAGCCUCAGACAGGUAGGUGAAUUCAGCUGAAUGGUUCCUUUCAGGAUCACCAUUUAAUAUGUGGAAAUUUAGCCUAAAGGCCAUUUGUGCCAAGCAGAAAUCUGCAAAAUUUGAGUACUGAUCUUUUGAACAGUGGGCGUAGAUCCAUCAGUUUCAAAGUUGGGAGGGGAAAAUUUGUAUUGUGUUGUGUUUGUAUUGUGUUUAGAGGGCAUGAUCAUUGGGGUCCAAUCUAGCAUUAAAGUCCCCUCCCAGGAUUACAAAUAUAUUUGGAUUUAGCAGUGUAAGGUCAGCAACGUAUGCUUCCAAUUCGGGCCAGAAGGUUUUGAUCUGAGCUUUGUGCCUUGUUGGGGGCAUUAUAAGCAUUUAUUACCAGCAGGACAUGAUAUUUAACUUGAAUUAACACUGCCACUGCAUAUGACUUAAAUGAGAGAAGAGGCUUUGAUAUGGCAUGAAAAGUAGUAGAAGCUAGCACGCACUCACGCACACCGCCCCCAUUUUGCUCUUCCAUACUUUUCCCCUGAUUCUGCCCCAACUGAGAAUGAAUGGCAUCCAUUUAAUAACAGAUCAUCGCUAGUCCAUGUUUCUUGAAUUAAUAAGUUAUCAAACUGGAAAAGAAAAUAAGUGAAACAAGGGUCUAGACCACAUAGCCACAUUCCAGAUUAAAAGUUGACCUUAUGCUGGUCACUUGAAUGUCAAUCGGUUGCACUGCAAGCCAGGAGCUGGGUGGAUACUUUUUGAAAAGGAAGAUGGUGGAGAUAAUUGUAAUUGUCUCUCCCUCUUUUGAGAGGGAACAGUCAGGUACCAUCUAGUUCCUGCAUUUCCUUCUCUUCCAUUUGAUUGAUCAUCAAACCUCUUUUCUGCUUAUGGGGGGGCCCCGGCGAGCUUGUAGCUCUGGCAAUGAAACUGGGAGAAUCAAAGAUGCAUAGGCAGCAAAAUGUGGGAUCACUGUCAAGAGGGGACCCCAGGUCUUUAACAGAGGGGGCAUCCUUUGACAUGUCCAAUAGAAGAGGUGAUGAGAGAGUCUGUUUUUCCUGUAAGCACACAUCCCUCUGGGUCAGAAGAGGCUCCUGGGAGUUAAUACUUGACUGAAGUUUGUUUUGUUUGCCAGAUAAUUUCUUUUGGCUAUCUGCUACUUGGGAUUGCAUGGGCUCUCUAAACGUUGCUGGUAAAGAGCUCUCAGAAACAUCACCAUCAACAUCACUGUCAUUUUAAUUGCAGAAAAAGUCAGAGUAGUGUACUUGCAUCUUUCUGCAUGUCGGAGGUAAGAAAGAAGCAGAUAUAUUGGUGCUGGACUUCCAUAUUCCUACCCACUUCGGGAGGAUGUGUCAGAACGGUCGUCUUGAUGUCUGCUAGUUUUUCCUUCAAAUUAAUAAGUUCUAUGUUGAUAUAUUUAUCUCCUUUCUCAAAGAAUGCUUUGGCUCUCUGGACUUGGUGUGGCUGGCAGUUUUACUGCAUAUGGAGCCAUUGAUUUUCAUUGCUCUUUUCUGUAAGGUCAUGACUUUUUGUCAAUUUCCAAGUGAUAAGGUCCCGGGUUAACUCAUCCUUAAAGACUGACAGUCCAGACGAGGUGAGUCUGCCAGAAGAAUUUGCAUUUUCAUAUAAGUUCUUCUGGAAAGAACUGCCUGGGUGAAAGUCAGAAAUAUGGGUUUCACUUUUCUUAAAAUAGGCAGAUAGCAAAAAUAUUUCAAGUGUACUGCACCAUUUUGGCAAUUUAGGAGCUGGGAUAAGAAGCUGGGUCACUGGAGUUUUAUGGCUAAUCCAUGUAUCUGACAUAGAAUAUGACAAGAUGUUGGAUCAUGCCAGCUAAACUGUCAUGCUUUACCCCAAACCAUGGUUUGGUAAAGGCGGAAAGAAUUCUUGGUUAGUCCUCAUGAACUAAAAUUUCCAGGUUGCUCUUAGGGAAAAUAAUUGAUGGUUACAACCCAUUUCAACUGAUAAAUGUCGAUAAUUCAUAUUGGCUGCCAGUAGUUUAUAAA